GCGAAUGUCAAGUCCGUGGGCCACAAACAAAGCAGCACACAAAAACCGAUUUCGGGGGAGCUCAGCAAACGAGAACGAGAAAAACUGAGCUAGAAAUAUGUUGACUAUGAUUAGGGGCAGUGCAAAGAGACUUCCUCACUGGCCACUGACCCAUGUUCGCAGUUUCCCAACUUUGAUUAAAUCCUAUGCAAGUCCCAAAGAAAAGUCGGAGCAGAAAACUGAGCAAGUGGACACACCGACCACUAUGAAGCUGCCCUACUUCAUAAGCCCAAGGUGUGUUCAGAAUCAGGAUCAACUUGUUGAUGGCCAGCGGAAAAUGUUCACCUACAACUAUCACCGCUUUUCGAUUUACGAUUUAAACGAAGCUGCUCUGCGCGCCAAGCAAGCAUCAGCUGAGUACUCCAAACAAAUAGAUCAGUUGCAAAAGCGCAAGAUUGAAUAUGUAACCAAGUAAUGAAAAUUUAAAGCAAGUAAUAUUCAAAUUAUGAAUGUUAACAGAAAACUACUCAAAUCAAUUUCAAAUGAAUAAACUCACCACUGCUUAGUUAAACUCACCACGUAGGUUGGUUUCCGAGCUAAGCGCUCCAUGGGCUCGAACCAAAACAGUUUGACAGCCGCUGAAUUUCAAACC